GGAAACCCAACUAUGCGCUCCAACGCAGAAAUCUCCAUACAAAAAAUUUACCAGAGCUAGUUGAGUUCACAACCGCACAACAUGGCACCUCCCCAGGGAAAGCCCGAAAAUGUGCUAAGACUUGCCGAUGAGCUUAUUGCUCUUGAUCAGCAUGGGUCUGCCUUGCAGUCCCUUCAUGAGACCAUCGUUUUGAAAAGGUCCAGAAAUUCUCAAGGAUUUUCUUUGGAGCCCAUCAUGACACGCUUUAUUGAACUUUGUGUCUUUUUACGUAAAGGUAAAAUUGCCAAAGAAGGUCUCUACAUGUACAAGAACGCUGUACAAAAUACCUCGGUGACUGCCAUUGAAAAUGUCGUAAAGCGUUUUAUUGAAUUGGCCAACGAAAAGGUUCAAGAAGCUCAGGCUAGAGCUGAUAAAAUUUCCGUUGAAUUUGUUGACGAUUUGGAGGCUUCUGAAACUCCCGAAAGCAUUAUGAUGUCCUUCGUCUCUGGAGAGAUGUCCAAGACCCGAACUGAUCGUGCUUUGGUCACUCCUUGGCUCAAGUUCUUGUGGGAUGCUUACCGCACAGUUCUUGAUAUUUUGCGGAAUAAUGCUCGUUUGGAAGUCAUGUAUCAAUUGAUCGCCAACUCUGCCUUCCAAUUUUGCUUGAAAUAUCAACGCAAGACUGAAUUCCGUCGUCUCUGUGAGUUGUUGCGUUCCCAUCUUGGUAAUGCUUCCAAGUUCUCUAAUGCUCCUCAUUCAAUAAACUUGAAUGAUGCUGAGACCAUGCAACGUCACUUGGACAUGCGGUUUUCCCAACUUAACGUAGCCGUUGAAUUGGAGCUUUGGCAAGAGGCUUUCCGUUCAAUUGAGGAUAUCCACAGUCUUUUAACUUUCUCCAAACGCGCACCUUCUCCUGUCAUGCUUGGUAAUUACUACCGUAAACUCAUUAAGAUCUUUUUGGUUUGCGAUAAUUUCUUGUUGCAUGCAGCUGCUUGGAACAGAUAUUUCACCUUCACUAAUGUUCAAAAGCCUGCCACAGCCAAUUUUGUUAUCCUUAGUGCUCUUUCAAUUCCUAUUAUUGAUGCCUCUAAGUUCUCAGGUCCCCCUCUUGAUGCUGAAGACGCUAAAAGCAAGAAUGCUCGUUUGGCUAUCUUGUUAAACAUGUCUAAAGCCCCCAACCGUGAGGCUUUGGUAAAGGAUGCUGUUAACCGUAACGUUUUGAGCUACUGUGAUCCUGCUAUUCGGGAUCUUUAUAGGAUUUUGGAAGUUGAUUUCCAUCCUUUGAGCAUCUGCAAAAAAUUGCAGCCCAUUUUGAAGAAAUUGGCUGAAAACACCGAUACCGCGCAGUACAUCCGUCCCCUUCAGCAAGUUAUCCUUACCCGUCUUUUCCAACAACUUUCUCAAGUUUAUGAUGCUGUUUCAUUGAAAUUCGUUAUGGAUUUGGCUACUUUUGAUGAACCUUACUCCUGUACCUAUGGUCAGAUUGAGAAAUUUAUAAUGAAUGGCAACAAAAAGGGUGCUUUCUCAAUUCGUGUCAAUCAUAUUGAAAACUCUAUCACAUUCGCAUCUGAUCUCUUCGCCAACCCUGUUAGCUCUCACGCUGAUGCUGCAACUUUGCAAUCCACCCCUGCUGAGCUCAUCACUAACCAGCUUUCUCGAAUUGGAAAAUCACUUACGAGUGUAUUGAUGCGCUUUGAUACCGACUUCUAUCUUCUCCGUAAGCAACAAUCUGAAGCUGCUUACGAGCGCGCCUUAGCAGGUGUUGAGCAAGAAAGAAAGGCUGUUGUUGCUCAACGUAGCUUGCUCGAAUUGCGCCGUGGCCAAGCCGAUACCUUGGCUACCCAGCGCGAAGCUGAACUUGCUGCUCAACGUGCUCUUAAGCAAAAGCAGGAAGCUGAAGCUGAAGCUCGCCGUGUUCAUGAAGAAGCUAUGAAGCGUAAUGCCGAAAGAAUUCGUCGUGAAAAGGAAGCUAUUCGCAUUGAGGAAGCUAAGAAAUUGGCUAACGAACUUAAGGCGAAGGGUGGAUUGGAAGUCGACGCUGAAGAAUUGGAAAAUUUGGAUGCUGACAAGUUGAGAGCUAUGCAAAUCGAGCAGGUUGAGAAGAAGAAUAGAAGCAUGAACGAGCGUCUUCGUAUUAUUGGUAAAAGAAUUGAUCAUUUGGAACGUGCCUAUCGCCGUGAAGCUAUUCCUCUCUUAGAGGAAGAUGCUAGAAAACAAGUUGAAGAAGAUCAUAAGGCCUUUAUCCAAAGAGAGAAGCAACGUAAAGAGGUUCAAAGUCAGAAGCAUGAAGAAGCUUUGAGAGAUAAGAAUAUAUUCUCCAAAUUUGCUUCAUAUAUUCAAAGCUAUAAGCAAGGAAUUGAUGAUGAUCGUGAGAAGGCCUAUCAAGAUGCUUAUGCCCGUACCAAGGACGUAAUAGAAGCUGAACGUGAACGACAACGCCAGAUGAUUUACGAACAGAAGUUGGCUGAUGCAGUUGCUGAAGCUGAAGAAGCUGCUGUUAGAGCUGAAGAAGAAGAGAAGAUGCAUCAGCGAAGAGAGCAAGAAGCUGCUCAACGCAAGGCCGUGGAAGAAAAGGCGCUUGCCUCUAAGGAAGCUAGAGAGCGCGAACAAGCAGAAAUGAACGAAAAGCUUGAACGUCAACGAAUUAUGCAAAUGAAGCGUGAAGAAGAAGCCGCUCGCAAGAUUGCUGCUAAGAAAGCCAACUUGGGCUUAGGUUCAGGUGCUCAAACUCCUCCGGCUGUUGGUGCAUGGAAACGUAGUGGUGCUACUCCCCCUCCUCCUUCCGGUGGUACUCAAAGAUAUAUUCCUCCUCGUGCUCGUGGUGCUGCAGCUGAUAGUUCCCGAGACUCCCUACCUCCAUCUAGAAGCGGAAGAGGAGCCUAUGUUCCUCCUAGCAAGCGCCAACAACAGCAGUAAGUUGCUUACUGUCUUCAUGGUUGAAUAAAAAUAUAGUAGGGCUUAAUAGUUAUCUCCUUGUGGAGAUGGAAUUUUGAAAUAUUAAGAUGCAGAAGUAAUUUCUGUUUAUUACUAUACUAGGUUUGAAUCAAAUCACUGAUACAUUAAUAUUUAAAGCAUUCAGAUUUAGUAUCAAUUCAUAAUGUGUAGAAUUAUGACUGUAACAUCCCAAAUAGUAUCAUACUUAGUGC